AGUAUCAAGAACAACAUCAAUCUGGAUGUGAGAUAUAAUAUCUUCCAACCUACCUAGGUAUAUACAUGGUGAUGUGAAUCAUGUUUUUACCUUGUCAAGCUUUUUACAAUUGUAAAUUGAAGGUGGGAGAUGUUAUAGUAAUAGUUAAUGUGGAUCUUUUCGAUAAUUUAUCAAGUCUAGUUGUGUAGGUCAAGAGGGUAUUCAUAAUGGCGCCUAUUCCCGUCUAUACCGACAGUCCUAUUGCUGCUUCGAAACCAUCCGGAGUAACUCCCCAGACUGCAGGUGGUCAAGCAUCAUCUGCUUCAAAUCCAGCGACAACCAGUACAUCACCUACUCCAACUAGGAAGACGUCGUAUCCAUCCGCACAACCCGGUGCCACACCUUCACUUCCAGCUCCGACGGGGGCCAUAUCUCAAGCAUAUCUUCCUCAGAAUAGUCCUCCAGCACCACAGCCUGGUGCUUUCCCCACCCCUCCGGGAACUACUGGAACAAAUAUUCCACCACCACCGAAGGCGGGUGAGAGGUAUCAACCACCCCAGCAGACGUCGGCAACUCAGCCUAUGAGCAUACCGUAUCCUCCGCAGAUGUCCAUGUCACCUCCUAGCGCACCGUACGCGGCUCAGCAGCGUGGUACAUCUACGGCCUCCGUACCUACUUCGGUAUAUAGUGGCCCUGGACCCACGGCUGUGGGUGGCCCACCUACCCAAAGCUUGCAGCAUCCUCCGGGAUAUCACCAGAACGUAAACGCAUCCGAACUAGACAUGCAUCAGAGGUCAGCUAUUCAGCAGAGCGAGUUAGAAAGCCAGGGAGGGGAUUCAAGUGGGGUUUGGGAUUCGGCAAAGAAAUGGGCCCAGCAGACGGGAGAAAAACUCGCCGCAGCUGAGAACGAGGUGUGGAAGAAACUCAACAAGGACUAACGGCGACACUACGGUGUCCGCGAACCCUCACAGCAGUCUACGCUAUACACUCCGGAUCAAUCCAUUGCGAUUCAGGUCCUAGCGCAAUAAUUGCCCACCGAGAUCCAAGAAAGAAAAAGAGUCCUGCAUCGGAGUUCACGAUACGAGUAGUUUCUCAUGCUGUUCUAGAUAUUUUGGGAUUACGAAGCGCUACGUUUGGGUCGGUUGGAAACACCUAUACUCGGGUCUUUUGUCGUUUUAGCAAGCAGAUCUAAUACAAACAUAGCGAUAGUUGUUUGAACAACCUGAUCGCAAGAGGAAACGAAAAAA